AGAAACCAACAAAUAGAGAAACGGGACAUUGUUUAAUAAGAUGCGGAAGUGAAUGAGUUUAAAAUGAACGUUCAGAGUUUGGAUGGUGAUGAUUCUCAUUAGAAGAAGCAUCUCAGUGUUCAGGUUCUUCUAUGGCCUCCUAGAGAACUGGACAGAGAACAGCUCCUGUCCAGCAUGUGUGCCAUCUGUUAUUAUGGUCCUGGUCCCAUUGAGACAUCUCAGGGUGUAAAUGUCCUCAAAGGACAGACAGACAUGGUCUCUACAGAUAUGUUCAUGAUUGAUUUAGCUGUGGUGUUCUGACAACAGGUCCAUUAACAGUUCUAGGGUUAUUUGUCUGGUUUCCUGCAGUCAUAAUCCUUCCUGCCCUUCAGCCUGUAACUGAUUCCAGAGCAGCUCUGUGAUCCAUAAUCUGCUCUAAUCUUUAAUCUGUCCUCCUCUAGCCCGGCUCAGUGUAGCUCUGUCUAUUCCGAACUGCAGAGAUGAAAGCGGCAGCUCCAGAGGAGUUCCUGGUUCUGCCAUGGCCCGGCAGCAGCAGUGGAGGGUCAGAACCUGGGCCCGGAGGGGACGGUUAUGGAGGUGUGCUGCUGAAGUGUGGAGCUGCAGUGGGAGUCACUCUGAUCUGUGUGGUUGUGCUCAGAAAGUGGAUUGCAGGAGGAGUGUGCCAAUGUUCGGUCCGGCUGGAUGGAAAGACGGUUCUGGUGACCGGAGCAAACACUGGCAUUGGUAAAGAGACCUGCAGAGACCUGGCAGGAAGAGGAGCCCGGGUGGUGAUGGCGUGCAGGGAUCUGAUCCGGGCGGAGCGGGCAGCGGAGGAGAUCCGCCAGUCGACAGGAAACGGCAAUGUGGUGAUCAGACACCUAGACCUGGCCUCGGUUUACUCUGUCUCACAGUUCGCCAAGGACUUCCUGGAUAGUGAAGACAGACUAGACAUCCUGGUCAACAACGCAGGUGUGAUGAUGUGUCCCAGGUGGCUCACAGAAGAUGGCUUUGAGACUCAGAUGGCCGUCAAUCAUCUAGGUCACUUCCUGUUGACAAAUCUGCUGCUGCCGAUGCUAAAAAGCUCCGCCCCCAGCCGUGUGAUCAACGUAUCAUCCAUUGCCCACAAGGGAGGUCGAAUCGACUUUGAUGACUUAUUCUUCAGCAACAGACCGUAUAGCGCUCUGGAGAGCUACAGACAGAGCAAACUGGCCAACGUCCUGUUCACACGAGAACUUGCUCGACGACUCAAAGGUUCUGGCGUGUCGGCUUUCUGUCUCCACCCUGGCGUGAUCCGGACUGAGCUUGGUCGCCAUGUAGAGGGCUGGUUCCCCCUGCUGGGGGCACUGCUGAGGCUUCCUGCCCUGCUGCUGAUGAAGACCCCGAGAGAGGGCAGCCAGACCACAGUGUUCUGCGCUGUGACGCCGGGCCUGCAGGAACUAUCAGGCCACUACUUCAGUGACUGUGCAGAGAAGGAGGCAGCACCGGAGGGACGGGAUGACGAUGUGGCCUGGAGGUUGUGGGAGGAAAGCGCCCGACUAGUUAGAUUGAAGGGCACAUGGUGACCUCUAAUGUGCUGGUUAACAUGCAAACAAGAAGUCACAGAGACGGUUGCAGUGCCCCCAUCUGGACAGAGUGAGGAAGAGAUGAAACAGUCAUUAUUGUCAGGUGGACCAACCCAGGUGUUCCAGGAGUUUUCCAUCAGUCAUCAAGUCUGGAGCAGAGCAGCAACACUCCAGCCUGGGUCCAGAGUUUUUUCUCUGACAGGGUGCAGGCCUAAACCAGGGCCGGUGCUAGAACUGUUCUUAAAUGGUUCUGUAAAAACCCAGAUAACACACUUUAUGGUUUUUCACCUUCACAGCUGAAGUUCCAACUUGGAACCAGGUCAUUCUGUCCCUGAAAUGCCUCUUCCUCUGCUGUGAUUGAUUGUUUGUCUCCAUUAACCAGAUCUUUUCUCCAGUCCGGCACAGAGCUGGACCUGAGGUCUUUUUACAGUCCUAGAGUCUGGACUGGUGCUACCUUAGAUCAAAACAGAAUGAAGAGAUGCUUCAUUUAGAAUUUAAACCAAUUCAGUAUCAGAACCAGAAAUAACCCAUUAAUGUUCCUCUGGUGUUUCCUUGAAGUCUUAAAAGUUUCCUUGUUCACCUCGUGUUUAUUUCAUGAUCUGUUCGUCUUCCUCCCCAUGUCUGCUUGUUAAUGAAACGGUUAGGGGGUUUCUCAACUGUCAGGACCCUUUUACUUCCGAUCCAUUUGGUGAACUUCAAACGGACAACAGUUUGUUCCCUCCGAUAGUCCGUUUCAGUUGGGCAGGUGUGUCAGCUCAUCUGAACUCUGGUCCGUCUGAAAACAUGGGUCUUGAUUCCGUUGCAGGUCGCCUGCAAUAGGAAAGCAACUGAGCAACCAAGGGAACCAAAGACAGGAAGUGAUGUAUGAUAUGCGGACAUAGAUGUGAUGUAAAAAUGUUUAAAGCCUCACUUUGCAUCUGUGUAACCAUAGCAACACACCGUAGUCUCUCCUGUACGCAGAUGAUUCAGGCAGCAGAUGAGCAGGUUUGCAGGGUGUUGGAGAUCGAACAUCUCCUUCCUUUUCCUAAACAUGACUCUUGGUGGUCUGUCUGCGUUCCUUUCAGGUACCGACUCUUAUCUCAGUGUUUUUCGAACUGUUUCUUCCACUGAUGUGUCACAGGGUCAUCAAGUCAGGAGGACUUUACUGAACAUGCUCCCGCUGAUCUUCAGCCCAUCUCCAUUGUGUGUACAUCCAUCCUCAUGUCUAAAUAAAACCUUUCAGGUUGAAUUACUUCAUACUAAGUUCAACCCUCUUUGGGUUUGGACUGCAGAACUUCUUAACCUUUAUUUUUAGUUGGACAGGUCCUUCUGAACGUUUAAUGGAGCUAGGAUCUGAUCUAACGUCACAGGAACAUCUAGUGGCUUAAAUUGCAGCAGGAAGGUUCCAGGUGUUGCACCAAAUCUUUUGACAAUUAGAUGUACCGACUUCAGAGGGUGCCGUUACAUGGCUGAAUUAACGAAGGUCAAAUAUCCUUAUACCCAAUAUCAGAAACUGACUGUACCACAACUUCAUUUAUGCUCCAGAAUAUGAAAUACCUUCAUUUUGAAGAGGUUUUACCGGAAUCAGACACAUUCUGACGACCACUAGGAGAACAUGGGACCAUCCUGGACCUUAAUGGACAGUUUAAACAUAUGUCAGGGCCUUCUUCACAUCAGUGGUAAAACAUGUACAAAGCAGACAAAUGGGAAAGUCACCUAUAGUAGCAGCAGUAAUGUGGUUUGAGCUUCAGACCAUUUCCUUUAGGCUCAAACAUGGUUUUGAUUUUGUCCGUCUCAAAACGCCCAGUCCGUUGCAACAGAUGGCUGCCCUUAAUGAGCCUAGUUCUGGUUCUGCUGGAGGUUUCUAAAAGUUGAGUUUUCCUGUCCACUGUCACCAAAUGCAUGUUCAGGAGGGAGGUACUGAGGAAAAGUCAGUGAUGCAGUGGGCUGGGUUUCUUUAGACAGAAAACUGUUGACCGGGUGAAAUAAUAAACAGAACCGGACUGAGACGAAACUGAGAUAAACUGAAAUGAAUGUAACUGGCUCUGAAACGGUCCGAUUGGACUGACUGUAUAUUUCUGUGUACGAACUAAAAAUGUUUGUCCAAAAAAUGGCGUUUGUUGGGAACUGGUUCUAAAUAAAUAAAGUAGAGACACACCUGA